CCGCGGUGUGUUGUCCGUUGGAGACCCGCGGUGUUCUGGUGCUGACUGACCGAGGGAGUGAGGCUCUUCCCCCCGCAGGAACAAGCCUCCUCUCCGCUAAACUCACACAGUCUAACCCGGUGGAAACUGUGGGAAUUAACCCCAGAGACACUCGUGUUGUGGUCAUUGUUCGCUUUCUGUGCGCGGAGACGUGUUUUCCCUCCGUAACUCGAGCUGGGACAAAAAAACUGUCUCUUGACCCGGAUACAGAAUUCAAGCGCGACACCUGUCGGCUCAUGUUGUCCCGGGGCCCGUCACUCUCACCUGGCCCCGCGGAGGACCACCGGGGUCCGGGGGGUCUUUACCCCCAAAACAAGCCUCUACAGCCGGGAUCAGUUCAAACUGCCCCGGUGUGUGUGUUCACUGGUUUUCAGUCCACACACACACACACACACAAGCUAAUCUUCUCAUCCCACUAAUGACUGGGAUAUUUUUAAAGAACCUAUAAUUAGUGGGUUCAGUUUGCCAGCGGACUGAUCCAGGCUCAGUCGGACCCUCUGGGUAGAACUCAAGUUUGCACUUGUGUGGACUCUACGGUCAUUAAAAGUGGAUCAUUGAUAAUGGACUCGUCCUAUAAACAGAAGUCAGAUAACAGUAGGCUCCCUUUUAUCUGCUCUGACCAUUCAUCAUGUUGACACGGGACAGUAAAGAUCACGAUAAUGUUAAGUUGAUUGGGUUUGUUGAAGUCUUGCAACAAGCUGAAACACAGAAGAAUUUGAAUUUGUAGUUUUUUUAAAAGCAAGAACAUCAGACAUUUACUGUUUCCAGUUCCUGAGAUAUGAGGCGUAUAUAUGUUUUUCUUUCUCGUUUAUGUAUGAUGGUUAAAUCUUUCGCUGCCAGUCAAUCGAAACAAGACAUUUGAAGAAGUCACCUCAGUCUGGGAGAACAUUUUUAACAGUUCACUGUCAUUUAUUUAGACAAAAUUGCAGGUUAAUCAAUUAAGAUAAUAUUUGCUUUUACAAAUGGAGUAAUGACUGGUUAGCAAAUGGUAAAUAUUCAGUCUUCAAGGCUCAUCGCUGAUAUACUGAGUCCCUUUAUCAUGAUAACCCUUAUGUCUACUUCCACGCAGGCCAGCUGACUCUGUGGCAACAGCUUUCACUAACUGAGGCUGCUCUUAAUCUGCACUUUGUCCUCACAGACUCCCGAUUGGUCUGCUCUGCUGCAAUUGAACGUUUGCCCUCGUUGAAUCGAGUCCAGAGAGGCAGAGUCAGGUUGUCCUUUGGGUGCUGGUUUGCAGAGAAGUCAUUGUACCAGCAUUUCAAUAAGUCACAGUGGAUUCCUCGCUCUCUUUCACGUUGUCUUACAAUCCAAAUUAUAACGUGAAAUGUAUUUUCUGCGACCUUAAUCCCAAAUGUUUGUUCAUUUCUUCAUUCCUGCACUCAAUCGUUUGAAAAAGCCGGAGAAAUCACCUCUUUAAAGUGUGAAGCCUCACGCAUUUAGACAGCUGCUUUAAGUUGAGUGAACCGUGGCCUUAUCAGAGACUGCCUCAGAUAUGGUGCUAGAGUCCAGGGGAGGCAGACCUGAUUUGGGACGCUGUGCUGAGGUAGACACUCGCUAUUCUUACCGUGCAUAGUUAAAGAUAGACUCCCAUCAGAAGUGGAACGACUGACACUUUGUCUGCAUGAUGCACAAACACAUCCCUAGGUAACUUUGUGUGUGAGCAGGAAAACAUGUAGGCCAGUUAACUUCUGCUAGCUGCCUCCCUAAGAUAAGGGAAGGCUUGAGUGGCAUGGAAGAUGUCCCCAUUUUUCAGCAUAAGAAGAGGCCUCCUUUAGCCAAGGCCGAAGAUCUGGAGGAUGAUUUCCUUCCCAGGACCAAGGCCUCAAACUUUGGCAAAAAUGCCAGCAGCACCCCCUCACCUGAUGAAGGGAUUCACGAAGAGGAGGCUUUGAUAGAGGAAGCAAAGGCCAAGCCCAUCCAGAUUGUCCUGGCCAACGGGGACGAGCACAGCUUCGAGCUGGACGCCGCAGCGCUGGAGAAAAUCCUGCUGCAAGAUCACGUGAAGGACCUGAACGUGGUGGUGGUGUCUGUGGCAGGGGCUUUCCGCAAGGGCAAGUCCUUCCUGCUGGACUUCAUGCUGCGAUACAUGCACAGUCAGGGUGAUUCGUGGAUUGGAGGUGAUGAUGAGCCUCUGACAGGUUUCACGUGGAGAGGAGGCUGCGAGAGGGAGACCACAGGGAUUCAGAUCUGGAGCGAAGUGUUUGUGAUCGACAAGCCAGACGGCAGCAAGGUAGCCGUCCUCCUCGUUGACACUCAGGGAGCGUUCGACAGCCAGUCCACCAUAAAGGACUGUGCCACUGUGUUCGCCCUCAGCACAAUGACCAGCUCCGUGCAGGUGUAUAAUCUCACCCAGAACAUCCAGGAGGAUGAUUUGCAGCAUCUGCAGCUUUUCACAGAAUAUGGUCGACUGGCAAUGGAAGAGAUCUACCUGAAACCUUUCCAGUCCCUGAUGUUCCUGAUUCGUGACUGGAGUUAUCCUUAUGAACACGACUACGGUCUGGAAGGAGGCAACGCCUUCUUGGACAAAAGACUACAGGUUAAAUGCAACCAACAUGAAGAGCUGCAGAACGUGAGGAAGCACAUCCACUCCUGCUUCUCGAGCAUCGGCUGCUUCCUGCUGCCACAUCCUGGCCUCAAGGUGGCCACCAACCCCUACUUUGACGGCAGGCUGAAAGACAUCGAUGGUGAUUUUAAGAGGGAGCUGACCGAGCUGGUUCCUCUCCUCCUGGCCCCAGAGCGACUGGUAGUGAAGGAGAUCGGAGGCAACAAAGUCACCUGCAGAGAUCUCCUGGAGUACUUCAAGGCUUACAUAAAGAUCUACCAAGGUGAGGAGCUGCCCCACCCAAAGUCCAUGCUGCAGGCGACGGCAGAAGCCAAUAACUUGACGGCUGUGGCAGGAGCCAAAGACAUGUACGGCAAGAACAUGGAGCUGAUGUGCGGUGGGGACAAGCCAUACAUCGCCCCAGCCGACCUGGAGCGCUGCCACGAGGAGUUUCGCGAGCACUCUGUGGGUUACUUCCGCUCCGUGAAGAAAAUGGGUGGCGACGAGUUCUGCCAGCGCUACCAGAACCAGCUGGAGUCCGAGCUGAACGAGGCCUACACCAACUUCUCCAAACACAACGACGGCAAGAACAUCUUCUACGCAGCGCGCACCCCCGCCACGCUGUUUGCAGUCAUGUUUGUCACCUACGUGGUGUCUGGGGUGACGGGCUUCAUCGGCCUGAGCACCUUAGCAUCGCUGGCUAACUUUGUCAUGGGCAUAGCGCUGCUGUCACUCUGCGCCUGGGCGUACGUGAAGUAUUCUGGAGAGUUUCGGGAGGUGGGAGCGAUGAUAGACCUGGUGGCCGAUACACUGUGGGAACAGGUUUUGAAGCCGCUAAGUGAACAUUAUAUGGAAGACAACGUCAGACAGACGGUGGUUAACUCUCUCAAAGCCAGCUUGACAGAACAAGGCUCGCAGCACACCAAGUUAAAGACUCACUGACACUCGUCCUCCUCCUCCUCUUCCUCAUCACGUUGAUCCUCCCUCCCCUCCUCGCUCAACAUCUUCAGUCCUAGAACUGUGGAACUAGUUCAACACCAAAGCUUCUCUCUCCCCCCCCAAAACACCCACCAUGACAUCGUUGACCUGUUUGCCGUCUGUGCUGCUCUUCAUCGCCCCCCUGUGCCUCAGAGCAGAAACUGCACGUUCAUUGAAGGACUGAGGAGAGGAGCCGGCAGCUUCGGCCUGUUGCCAAAACCUUGAAGGAAGAUCAUCUCCUCCUGUGUGCCACGCUGGGAUAGUUGUUGUAAUGCACACUGUAGACACACACACACACACACACCAUUUUGCUGGCUUUGCGAUGGAGCUGUAAUUCAGGGAAAUCUGUCACGUCUGUGCAGCUGUAAUCAACAAUAGAUGCAAACACUUAUCUGUGCGUUUCACGGCUCAGUGUCGCAGGACAAACAGUUCAGAGCUCACGGUGCAGGAACGUUUCCUACAAGCACAAGUGACCAAUCAGCUGAGAACAGUAACAGUGAGAUGAUUGUUUUCUCUUGUUUUUCGUUACCUCAGUAAAAAACAGAAAACAGAUUUUAAGAUUUCAAGUCAGUGCGGAAUCACAUGUUCUUGUUGUGAACGAGUUAAGUCUUAACAGUUCAAUUUCCAGCCUGUUAUGGUAAAUCGAUUCAGUUUCUCCCGACGUAUUUGAAAUGAACAGGAAAUGAAGUAAUUUAUUUCUCCUCUGACGUACUAAUAACUCACCUGCUUGCCUCCAUUCAUUCAGUUUUUUAUCUCUAAAUCUGGAGGUUGUGUUCACCAGGUAAAGUCAAACCUCUGUACACAUCUGUCUCACUCUUGAAUACUCUGUCAUACUGAAGACGACUGUAGCAGACUUUUUUUGGGCUCUUUAUUUUAGAACUGACGUGUUUUAUUUGGCCUCUAGUGUCUUGUAGCAGAUCCUCUGCAUGGUGCUGUGUUGUAGCAUAAAAGCUAAGCUAAGAGCUUUUAGAGCCCAGCGAUUAGUCAGGUAUCCUCCACUGCCUUUCAUUACACCUCAGCUCCGACUGCUUCCUCUCGUCCGACCUCAUGAAGGCUGCACGUUAGAUUUUUUGCCUUUAGGGAGUUUUUUAGCUCAAAUCACUGUUACAGGAAAAUUCAGGCAUUGCGGAAAAAUCCAUUUAUUUGCUUUCUUGGGGAAUUGUUUAAUGAGACGAUUCACACUGAAAUCUGUUGGAUAAAUAUGAGGCUACUGCCUGAAGCUGCUUAGCUUUGACCCCCAGUCUUUAUGCUAAGCUAGGCUAAUUGGCUGCUGGCUAUAGCUUUGUAUUUAACUGCUGAACUCGUUUUCUAAAACCUUUCCUUUUAGUUGUCAAAAGAUUCUCUUCUUAUUUUUCUUUUCUCUAAAAAUCUGAAUCCAAAUCUUUUUUUCUUUCUCUCAAAUCUAAAUCUUUAACACUUUUCCACUGGUGUCCAGACUUGAUGUAAUUUAAUGAAGUGUAGAAAUGUACUGCUCCCUUCUGUUUCUUGAAGUUAACACACAAACAGCUGCAUCACAUCUGUCUGAGCUCUUAACAUUGAUUCCAUCCACAGUGUUUCAGUCCUGUUCGGUCUCUGUCUGUGUUGACAUAUCACAGAGCGGGCAUGUAUGUUGGAUUAAAUAUUUAAAUAAACUUUGAAUACGUUUUAUAGUGAAUCACUUGACAGUGGCUGUGUUUUUUUUUUUUUCUUAAUUUAACAGUUUGUGGUUCGUUAGACGACAAGUUGCUGCUUUAGGUUCCCGUUAGUUUCUCCGAGGACGAACGUUCAUCGUGUGAAUAUUUGGCUUCUGACAGGAAACCGUUUAGAUUGUGAUGAGUGGGUCGGAGACGACGUCUGUCCGGCUUUUAAAGAUCUCUGGUAAUUUAUUUUUGAAUGAAAUGUUUUACCUUACGAAUAAAACAUCAACACAA